CGUCUUCCUCUCUGUCCCUGGAGGUGCCAUCCCAAACGCUUCAAAUAGCAGCAAGCAUAAGCGGGGACGGUCACAUACCCACCUUCGCAAUUCGCAUUCACUUCCCUUUUCUCCAUUCCCUCACCUUAAGUUCGAUUCCUCACUUCCUUGCAAUUCCGUGUGGAAGUUUCUGUUCUCGCAAUAAUGGAAACGGAGGAUAAGCUUCUGAUGCUCCGAUGCUCCGUUAAGAACUACGAUUGGGGCCGACUGGCCGGAGACUCUCAAGUCGCAAGGCUCUUUUCGCUGAAUUCCGGAUCCGAACCCGAACCCGACAAGCCUUACGCUGAGUUUUGGAUGGGUACGCAUGACUCUGGCCCAUCUUUCCUGCUCUCUGGUGAUGAAAAUAUGACCCUUAAGUCGUGGCUGUCGAAGAAUCCUAAUGCUCUUGGCGAGAAGGUUCUUGGAAAAUGGGGCUGUGAUCUCCCUUUCUUGUUCAAGGUACUCUCGGUGGCAAAGGCGUUGUCCAUACAGGCUCAUCCAGAUAAAGAGUUAGCCAGAACUUUGCAUAAAUUGUAUCCUGAUCUGUAUAAGGACGGGAAUCACAAACCUGAGAUGGCUUUGGCAAUGACCGAGUUUGAAGCUCUGUGUGGGUUUAUCUCUCUGGAGGAUUCUAUCUGAGCGUACCAGUGAUGGCCA